AUGCGACGAUCGGCGGCAGAAGCGACGGCCACGGGUGAUGGCCACGGCACCAGCAGCGGUUCUGCUUCUGCUACUGGUUGUGGUGAUGCUGAUGAUUUCGGGGAGGUGGAAGAAGGCGAGGGGGACGAUGGAGAGCCGAGCCUAUGGUCGGCAUUGGCGUUUGCAUGGGUGAGUCCGAUAGUGCGCAUGGGCGCGCGCAGAGCGCUGCAGCUGGCGGACCUACCCCCGCCCCCCCGCACCUGUCGCGCGGAAUGGCUGGACGCGCAAACGGCGCGCUUGCAAGGGGAGGGGCGGAAGGAGGAGGAGCUUUGGGAAGGGGGGCAGGCGGAAAAGCGGGGGGAAAGGAGAAGCGGUCAGUCCGUGGUGUCGGGCGGAUGGCGGGAUGAUUGCCCCGAGGGUGCGGUGGCCCGCGCUGGUGGGAUGGAUGGUGCGAUCGCCUACCUUGAAGCGUGUGGCAGCAGCAGCAGUGUGGCAGGGCAACCCGCGCCCACGGAGGGUUACGUCAUGGCAGCGGGGCUGGGCGCAGUGGCAGUGGUGAUGGCCGUAGUGAGCCAGCAAUUGAGCUACCGAUCAUAUGUUGUCUCCACCAACACACACACCGCCGCCAUCAGCGCAGUGCACCGUCACCUCCUCUCCCUCACCGCCAGCGCGCUGAGCCACGUCAGCAGCGGGCACUGCAUCAAUCUGCUGUCCAAUGACGUGCGCCGAUUGGAAGACUUGGUGUUUUUUGGCAACGCGCUCUGGGUGGCCCCGAUUGAGCUUGCGAUGGUCACGUGGCUGAUAGCGAGGGAGAUCGGAUGGGUGCCCACCGUCGCUGGCAUCGGCACGCAACUGCUGCUGCUUCCACUACAGGCUCUGGGCGGCAUCCUGACUGUGAAGAUACUGGCAUUGGAGCGGGUUUUCACGGCAAUCAUCGAACGACUCAGGCGGACAGAAGUGUCCUUCUACAUGCAUUCAUGCAUUCCAUCCCUACAGAAUCAGCAUUCGCUCCUUCCGUCCACCACCCUGCUGCCCUCCAUCUUCCCCCUUCGCCAUCCAGCCUGCAGUGCACAGCCACCAUCAACGCCGUCUUCUUUUCCUUCACAUCAGCGAUUGCUUCUGGGCCGAGUAGAAAAUCGCCUAAAAAAUCCCCUCCAUCUUCCCUUCCUCUCCAGCCUGCAGAGCACCGCUGCCAUCAACGCCGUGACGGAUGCCCUUUACUUCUCCUUCACCUCCGUGGUCGCCCUCGUCACCUUCGCCACCUUCACGUGCCUCGGAGGGCACCUCACCGCCUCCUCCGUGUUCUACGUGCUCACGCUGCUCGAGCGCCUCCUCCGUGUUCUACGUGCUCACGCUGCUCGAGGGCACCUCACCGCCUCCUCCGUGUUCUACGUGCUCACACUGCUCGAGGUGCGUGCUUCCUUCGCCUCCUCCGUGUUCUACGUGCUCACGCUGCUCGAGCGCCCACUCAUGGAGGCGCGUGUUCUCACAGCGCCCACUCAUGGAGGCGCGUGUUCUCACAGCGCCCACUCAUGGAGGCGCGUGUUCUCACAGCGCCCACUCAUGGAGGCGCGUGUUCUCACAGCGCCCACUCAUGGAGGCGCGUGUUCUCACAGCGCCCACUCAUGGUGGCGCGUGGGAGGGUAUUGGAUCGGAUUGACUGGGAUGGUCAUUGUGCGCUGUUGCUACUUUCUGGACGACACUACCAAACCCCACGGAGCCACGCGCAAGGGAGCCCCUUCUCAGAGCGGAUAUGCAGCACUGCUGCCAGAAGCGCGCCACUAUGCCCUUGAGGCGAUUUUUGAGUCCACUCAAGGAGCGAAUUCACAGCACGGUUCUGCAUUGCUCCCAGAGGAGCGCCACUACGCCAUUGACACCCAAACCACCACCACCAAGCCUCUCAAAUCCACAGCUGCUGCUCUCACAGCACCGAGUCUCCAGUCCCCGCCAUCGUUGGAGCUCGCCUCACUGCCCUGCCACAGCCUCUCCUCCUCUGCUCCCACACGCCUUCCUUCCACCCCCCGUGCUGCCUUGGUGCUUGAAGGGGCUUCGUUUUCUUGGGGAGAAGCAGUGGGAGAAGCUCGGUGCGAGGGGGAGAUGGAGGACGAAGAGAAAGGAGAAGGAUUGAGCAGAAGGAGGGAGAGCCAUGCACUUCAAGUGGCAUCGGCAGGGCAUGUAUUCGAUCUCUCUGAGACUCCCUCCACGGGCUAUGGCUGCACGGACGAUGGGUGCAGGGGCUAUGGCACAGGUUAUGGCACGGGCUACAACAGAAGCAGCUGCAGCGUCAAUCACGUCCCCUCAGCUUUCCGCAUGUGUUUCCCCCAGCGGUUCAUGGGCUCUCAUGCUGCUGGUCUUUCCCCUGCUGCAGCUUCUGCUUCUUCUUCUGCUGCUGAUGCUGCUGCUGUGAGUGCGCCUGUGACCGCACAGGGGGGCCAAGAGGGGCAGAAGGAGAUGGGCUGGCGGGACGAUGCACCGAGCGGGCGGGUGGAGGGAGUGAGCGUGAGGCUGGGAGAGGCGGAGCUGCUGGGAGUGAUUGGCAAGAAUCAAGCUGCCAUCGUGCAAUUCUCCUUUCCUCCCUCCCUUGCUACCUCGCAGACGGGCAGUGGCAAAUCGUUGCUGCUGCUGGGUAUUCUCGGGGAAGUGCCUCUCUCAUCCGGCGCCAUGCACCGCUCCGUGCCGUCACUCGCCUAUGCAUCGCAACAGGUCUGCCUCCCACUCGCCUCUCUCUCACCCUUCCCCGGUCGUCUCUAUCUCAUGCUUUGCCAUUCGUCUCUCUCCCACCCUUCCCACUCGCCUAUCUCCCACCCUUCCCACUCGCCUCUCUCCCACCCUUCCCACUCGCCUCUCCCUCUCCCUUUGCCACUCGCCUCUCACCCUUUGCGCUUCCCCAUUCCACCAGCCACUCCUCAUCGAAGGGACGGUGCGAGACAACAUCCUAUUCGGCACACCGCUAGACGAGGCACUGUGUUGGACGCCUGUGCUCUGCGCUCGGACUUGGCUCUGUGGCCACGUGGUGAUGCCUCAUUGGUGGAGGAGGGUGGCGGCAACCUCAGUGGCGGGCAGAGGGCGCGUGUGUCGCUCGCCCGGGCGGCGUAUGCCGCACUUCACUGCAAGAUGACUUCUGAGUCGGCGUAUGCCACCCUGGACUGCUGCUCUGCCACACCACAGUUGCACGUUGAUAGUAAUGGUGGCUGCGACAAUCGCCAUAGCAACAGUAGAGACAAUCGCAGUAACAAUAGCAGCAGCAGCAGGGGUGCUCCCCCACCCGUGCUGGUCCUCCUAGACGACCCGCUUGCCGCGUUGGAUCCAGCCAUUGCCUGCCACGUGUUUCAGCAGUGCGUGUGUGGGCUGCUGGCAGGGCUGCCCAGGAUUGUCGUCACUCACCAAGUGCAGUACCUUGGAAGCUGCGACAGAGUGCUGCUGCUGGAUGAUGAUACAGCAGCGGCGUGUGGUGCGUGGAGUGACCUCUGCGCCCUGCCCUCUGCUCAACAACAUUGGGGAAAUCACCCUCCGGGCCCGGAUUUUUCGGACGUUUCUGAUGAUUCCGACACUUGCAAGCUGCAGAUGCAAAAAUGGCACCACGGCGGCCUAUGUGAGCAGCAGCAGCGGCCGCAGCAGCAGCAGCAGUGGCCGCAGCAGCAGCAGCAGCAGCAGCAGCAGCAGCAGCAGCAGCAGCAGCAGCAGCAGCAGCAGCAGCAGCAGCAGCAGCAGCAGCAGCAGCAGCAGCAGCAGCAGUGUAUGCUCUGGAGCGAGGUUGUGGUGGAGAAGGCGGAGGCGGAAAGAGGGCUGGUAAACGCAUGCAGGGAGCGGGAGAGCAUCUCACAUGGGGGACAGCUUGCUGAGGGUUUGCUGUGCGAGUCGGGAGAGGCAUCAGCAGCAGCGGAGCUGAGAGGCGGGGAGGAGGGACUGCUGGAGGCGAGUGGCUCCACAGAGGGUGAUGAUGAGCAAGGCCUGCUGGACGUGGAGGGAUGGCAGCAUGGUGCCAUCCCUAUGUCGGUGUUUUGGGGCUACGCCAGACAGAUGGGCGUGCUGCCCCUGCUGCUCGUCGCAGCUCUCUUCCUCGCCGCACACGUCUCAAACUGCCUCGCAAGCUGGUUCCUGGGCGUGUGGAUGGGCACGCCCCACACCAUACACCACCCGCUUCUCACCCUCACGGCCAUCGCCCUCUCCUGCGUGGCCCUCUCUCUCCUCGCGUCGCUGCUCUUCCACCGCGCUGCUCUGCGCGCCUCCUCCCGCCUUCACUCACGCAUGUUGGCCUCCGUGCUCGCCUCGCCGCUCGCCUUCUUCCACCGCAACCCCACCGGGCGCUUGCUGAACCGCUUCAGUGAGGACCUCGGGGUGACGGACGACGUGCUGCCAGAAAUGCUGCUGGGAUUCGUCAAUGUGAGUGGGAGUAUGGGCCUGCCGACCAUCCGAGCCUUCUCCCAACAGCGCCGCUUCCACCGCCUCUUCCUUCGCCACGUCACCGCCAAUGCCACCCCGCACCUAUUCUGGCUUGCCACGUGGGAGUGGCUGGGCUUCCGAUUGGACCUCCUUGUUGCCGCCGCCCUGCUCUCCGCCGCCCUCGCCGCCGUGGCCCUGCGACACUCGCUGCCGCCCGCCAUGGCCGCGCUGGCUUUGUCUUAUCUGCUGCAGCUACCAGACUCCCUGCGCUGGACACUGCAAUACGGAGCAGAGCUUGAGAACACGUUCACCAGUGUUGAGCGCACACUCGAGUACACCAUGCUUCCAAGUGAAGUGCCCCCACCGAGCCCCAACAGUCAAUCUAAGCGUCAGCAGCAGCAGCAGCAGCCACGGCAACAGCAGCAGGAGAAGCAGCAGCAGCAGCAGCAGCAGGAAAAGUCCACCGCAAAAUCCACAAUAUUCAGCAUGCUGUACGGAGCACUGCGAACAGCAAUCAGCCUCCUUCCCUCCAAAUCACUAUGUGCUCACAUUCCUCUCCUCCCCAAUUGCCAAGCUACAAAUGCAGCAUCACACAGCGAGGAGGAGGGGAACAUCAGAAGCUCCCUUCGCCCCCCUUGGCCGUCAGUAGGGGCAGUGCAAGUGGAGCAGCUGACGGUGCGGUAUGGCAGCACGGGGCAGGCAGUGCUGCGCAGCUUGAGCUUUCGGCUCGCAGGAGGAGAGAAGUGUGGUGUGGUGGGGCGAACAGGUGCAGGAAAAUCCACUCUCAUGCUCGCUCUGCUGCGGUUGGUGGAAGCGUCUUCAGGGAGCAUUUGCAUUGAUGGUGUCGACAUUGCAUCGCUGCCGCUAGCCACCCUGCGAAGCGAGGGUGCUGCUGGCGUCGACACGCGUGUUGCUGAUGGAUGA